GGGGGAAGGACGAGGGACCAGCUGAACUUAGGAGAAGUGGAGAUGCCCUGGGGAUUCUCUCUGCCUGCCAAGCUGCUGCAGGGCCGCUAACCCUCCGCUUUUUUGUGCGCACUGGAGGCUGCAGCCGUGCUGUUUCUGGUGCCAAGUCUCUCUGUAGUGCUGUUGUCAAAAUGGUGAUCAAAGUGUUUGUGGCAACGUCCUCGGGGUCGACAGCGAUUAAAAAAAAACAGCAAGAAGUAGUAGGCUUUUUAGAGGCCAACAAAAUUGAUUUUAAGGAAAUGGACAUAGCCUGUGAUGAAGACAACCGGAAAUGGAUGAGAGAAAAUGUUCCGGGUGAAAAGAAGCCACAAAAUGGGAUUCCUCUCCCUCCCCAGAUAUUCAAUGAGGAACAGUAUUGUGGGGAUUUUGAUUCAUUUUUCUGUGCAAAAGAAGAAAAUUAUAUUUAUUCAUUCCUAGGACUUGCUCCUCCUCCAGGCUCAAUGGAAGGAAGGAUUACAGAGGAAGUAUUGACUGUGCCAAAUGGGGAUAUUUCUGGAGAAGAGAACAAAAUUGCAGAGGAGACUGAAAAAUCUUCAGUUACCGAAGAAAAUGAGAUACAAGCAGAAGAUGAGGUUGAGGCCACACCUGAGGGUGAAGCUCAUGCUGAGGCUACUGAAGCACAGGAAGCAGAAGCAGGACAGGAAGAAGAGGAGGAAAAAAUGGAAGAAGAGGAAGAAGAGGAAGACGAAGAGGAAUCUUAGUACAUUUGUUUGCUACUUUUUCUUCAGAUGUUUCAGGAACUGGGAACUGAUGAUAUCACUGCAGAGUGAAGACAACAAUCACUUUUCCUCCACGCAACUAUGCAACUCCAGAUAUCAGCACAGAUAUAAUUUGAGACAUUAAGCAGCUCCACAUGUGAACUUUCUACAUAAAUUUUGUUGUGUUGAAUAUG